AUGUCUUCUCAAAAAGUUUUAAAUCUAGAUAAUUUAAAUCCAAAUGUUAAGACUAUGCAAUAUGCAGUACGUGGACCACUUCCUAUUAGAGCUGUUCAAAUUGAAAAAGAGUUAGCUUCUGGGGUAGUAAAGCCUUUUAAAAAUGUCAUUAAGGCAAAUAUUGGGGAUGCCCAUGCUAUGGGACAAAAACCAAUUACUUUUAUUAGACAAGUUAUUGCAUGUAUUUGUAUGCCACAGUUAAUGGAAAAUAAAGAUAUGCCUAAAGAUGUCAUUGAACAUGCCUCAGCCAUUCUUAAUGGUUGUGGUGGAAAAAGUGCUGGUUCUUAUUCAUUAAGUAAUGGAAUUGAAAUUAUUAGAAAAAAUGUAGCUAAGUAUAUUGAAAAAAGAGAUGGUUAUAAAUCUGAUCCAGAACUUAUCUGCCUUUCAGGUGGUGCUUCAGAAUCUAUUAGGAAUGUUCUUAAACUUUUUAUUAAUAAAUCCGGUGGUAAAAAAGUUGGCAUUAUGAUUCCAAUACCUCAAUACCCUCUUUAUUCAGCUACAAUUGAAGAAUUUAAUUUAGGUCAAGUUGGUUAUUAUCUUAAUGAAUCAAACAAUUGGAGUUUAGAUGUUUCAGAAUUAGAAAAAGCUUAUGAAAAAUCAAAAUCUCAAUUUGACACAAGAGUUAUUUGCAUUAUCAAUCCUGGAAAUCCAACUGGUCAAGUAUUAGUUAAAGAAAAUAUUGAAGCUAUUUUGAAAUUUGCAUUUGAAAAAAAACUUUUUGUUCUUGCUGAUGAAGUUUAUCAAGAUAAUGUUUAUUCAGAAGGUUCUAAAUUCCACAGUUUUAAAUCUGUUUUAAUGGGAUUAGGAGAACCUUAUUCUAGUUCAAUUGAAUUAGCUUCAUUCCACUCUGUUUCUAAAGGAUAUAUGGGUGAAUGUGGAUUAAGAGGAGGUUAUGUAGAAUUUGCAAAUAUAGAUGGAGAUGUAUUUGCUGAAUUUAAAAAAAUGACAUCCGCAAAGUUAUGUUCUACUGUUGUUGGACAAGCUGUUAUAGAUACCGUUGUUAAUCCACCAAAGCCAGGAGAGGAAUCAUAUGAACAAUGGAAUUCUGAAAAGAAUGCUGUUUUAGCAAGUCUUAAAGAAAGAGCAACUUUAGUUAAAGAGGCAUAUGAAAAGUUAGAAGGAAUUACAUGUAAUCCUGUACAAGGAGCUAUGUAUGCAUUCCCAAGAGUACACCUUCCAACUAAAGCUAUUGAAAAAGCUAAAUCACUAGGCCAGGAACCAGACUUUUUCUAUGCAAUGUCUCUUCUUGAAGAAACCGGAAUUUGUGUUGUACCAGGUAGUGGAUUUGGACAAAGAGAAGGAACUUAUCACUUCAGAACAACAAUUCUUCCACAACCUGAACUUAUGAAAGAAAUGAUGGAAAGAUUUACCAAAUUCCACAAUGAAUUUAUGAAAAAGUAUGAAUAG